CAACAAUCAACAUAUGACAACAACAACCGCACCAAUUAUUGCUCGAUAUGCCGAUGUACCGUGCAGGGGAAUAGCGACCAACAUCGAAAAGUCUUUCAUCAAAAGAAUAUUACUUUGUCCUUGAGAAAUAAUGCAAAGCUUUGUAUUACAGUGAGCAGAACCCGUGAUGGCGAGCCAGGUCAAGUGGAAUGUCCACAAUGCAAGCGCAAUGUAGGGAUGGCCAACUGGAAACGUCAUUUCAACACCUGCCGACCACAUUUAGAUCCUGAAUCAGUUAGCCAUCUACGCGGUUACACGCCUCCUCAAAGUAGACAGCAGCUACAAGGCAGCCGGUCCAUCUCUCCUAGAUCGGUUGCGCGCCAACCACGUCCCAUCCAUCAGCGUGAGCGGACACCACCUUCCCAACCGUCACUAUCACCAUCACCCAUGCAAGUAGCAUCGAUUCAGCAGCACCAGCAAACGGAUCUAAUGGACAUCGAUGGGCCAGAACAAGAACAGGAGCCUGUACAUGAGCACAGCACCUUGCUUGGCAGGUUGGGUUUGGUUAUCGAUGCCAAUAGCGGCUUACUUUUCUGCACCAACCAAAGCCACAACAACCGAUAUACCUUUAUCCAUGCUGCCAGCGCGUAUAGUCACAUCGAUUCGUCUCACCAUCUCCUCAGACCACACCUGCAAGGUUUUUCGGAAGAACAAUUCAUCAGCAUUGUGCAUGCCGCUGGUGCUAAAGGAGCUCAAAUCGAAAACAAGUAUCGCUAUGCGCCGCACAUUACGACUGAUCUGCUUCCACGCGUUAACGUGCUCGGUGAUCCUGAUCGCGGGUAUGGAUGCAGGAACUAUGGGUAUUACUGCAGGUCCAGAGCAACACGUCGAAGCCACAAUUGUAUCCAACCAACCACCGCGGCCUAUGAUGAACGCUUCAGGGUGUGCAUGGUACAGCGACUGGGCCAGCUUCAAGAAAUGCCCUACUUUGGUGUCACUUCUGACGAUAUCAACACUGAAAGCAGCAGCCGCCAGCUUACAAGUGCCCCAGAUGCUCUUCGUGCCGCAUUGCAGCGUUGUGCCGAACAAAACAAGGAUAUCCUGAGCCACUACAGCCCACAGCGGCUUGAUCGCGAGCCCAACAUGGCCGAGCGCCGUGCAGUUGGCCGCUUCCACGAGGUAAUGCGAUGGGAGAUGACGGUGCGGCAACUUCUGAACACAGAAGACACUACUGCAACGCGUGCCCAACUUGCCAACUGGGCUUCUGCUGCUGAUAUGGAUGAUGAGGUGGGCCGCUCAAUCCAUGCCACAGUGACGAGGUAUAUGUAUGUCAUUAACAAGGCUACUAAAGGCUCGUCCUAUUAUCUUGAACGGCGCAUGGUGAUGGGCUUGAGUGUCGAUGAUGUGCCCACUCGUGGUAUCACUGAGCUGAUGCCGGCAACACAGCUCGAUUAUGAGCGCCACUAUGCGUCGUUGAUAAUGAUGCUAGUGCGGUCGUGUCGCUGUGGCCAAGAUGAUCCGUUUUCUGGUCGUGCGGCUGGUAUCAUGAGUCGUAACCAGUUCCAGUGCGUAUGUGCCCUUGUUGACUGUUUAGACGGUGUUGGUUUCCCU